GCCCACUCCCCCCUCUGGUCCCGCAGCAGCUUCUGCACAGUUGUUGCCUUUGAGGAGUUGUGGAAAGACUGAGUGGGGACAAAAUGGCAUCCCGGCAGCUCUGUGCGAGGCUGAUGGGGCUGGCGGUGCUGCUGGCCGCACUGACUCUCCAAGAUGCUUCCAGUGAUGGCAGCUUACAGAAGAUCCUGGGGAAGCGAGACGUGGCAGGAGCCGGAACUGCCCCGUCCAGGUCCUCGGUGGCCGUCCCGCCCUCCAGGGCUCAGGAGUUCCUGGCCAGGCUGAGCAGGUCCAAGAGGAACAUCUGGGACCGCAGCCGGCCCGACGUGCAGCAGUGGAUCAUGCAGUUCAUGUCCAUGGGAUUCGACGAGCAGAGGCUGGAGACUGACCUCUCGUACUGGAUGGACCAGGCGCGCUCCAGGGACCAGGGGCGGCAGCACCACUACGACGAGAACGCCGCCAUGGGCCCGCGGGACCCAUCCUCGUACCGACACGGCGCCAACGUCAACUACGACUACUAUUAACGGCGGGACGCCAACGCUCGCGGUGGACAGACGGCAGGACGGCGUCCGACCCCGGAGCACAUCUGGAAUCCUGCGCCAGUCGGGGCCUCCACAGAUCGGCUCUUCAUCUCAAUAAACACCACCCUGCUGCACGAGCAGGAAUCUCC